AGCAAAGCCUUUGAUCCGUUUGGUUAUCUGUAGCUUGAUUAAUUUCACCAAGUUCGCCUAUGAUUGCCUCCCGCCACUGAAGGUGGACGGUGGGGUGUGGGCGUGGCCAUGUGCGUGAUAAUAGCGCCGCAAAAUAUAAAACACCCGCUGCCCAAUUGGCCGACAAACAGUCUGGCUGAGAUCACCAUUGUCGUAGUAAUUGGCUGAGCAAGAUGUCGACCGAGCAGCAACAAUUGGACUACAUUGAGCGCCACUUGGUGUACGACAUCUUCAAGUACUUCGGGUCGGGCGCAUCGCUGGAGGGGCACCGGGUGGAGUGCUCCAAAGGGCUGGACGGAUUCAUGUCCGCCCUGUACACCGUCCAGAUGGAUCUGGUGGUCGCCGAACGUAAGCGCACGGAGGUGAUCCUGGUCAAGUUCAUGAAGGGCACCGAGGAGUUCCGCGAGCAGAGCAACUCGUACAUCCAGUUUGCCAACGAGGUGUUCGCCUACGCCGAGAUCCUGCCCGCCUACGAGCACCUGCUGCGCACCAGUCACCUGGCCAACGAUGUGGUGGCCAACUGGGUGCCGCGCUGCUAUUUGGCCAAGUUCGGGGAGGUCAAUGGUCUCGGGAGCGGUCGCGAAUCUGUGCUGGCUUUGAAGCAUCUCAAGGGCGAUGGCUAUCAGUUGGGCCCGCGUCUGACCCUGCGUCGUGAUCAACUGGAGGCCAUGGUGCGUCUGCUGGGACCCUUCCAUGCCCUCGGCUAUGCCACACGAAUACUCCAGCCGCAGGUGCAUGCCCGCCUGCGUUCGGGAGUGGUGGACAUGCCGUUUGUCUCCAGCUCCGGCAAGGCCGGCUUCGAUGUACUCUAUCGCGUGGCCUUCGAUCGCUUCUACGAGUUCUACGACCGGCAGAAGGCGCAGCUCCUCAAGGACUCCGACGUGGGUUUUGCCGCCGCCAUUGAGCGGCUGCGAGCGAAGUACUUCGACAAUCCCACGCACCUGCUGGAGCGGAUACGCACCACGUCGUACGCCGAAGAUCAGCCGGAUAGGCACUUUGCCACCUUCCAGCAUGGCGACUACAAUCGCAACAAUGUGCUGUUCCACUACGGUGAGGAUGACCAGGUGGAUGCCAUCCGGACCAUCGAUUUCCAGGAGCUACGCUUCAGCACCACUGCCAUUGACCUGAGCUUCUUCAUGUACAUGAACACACCCUCCCUGGGCAGGGAGGAGAUCUUUGCGGAUCUGCUGAGAAAGUACCACAAGCACAUGAUCGAAAUGCUGGAACUGGUGUUGCAUCGCAACCGGGAUGAGUUGAGCGACGAGCGGGUGGAACAGCUCCUGGCGGACUACAGUUUCGAACGCUUUGAGGCCCACUUCAAGCGAUAUGCCUUUUACGGAGUGAUGGUCUGCAUGCACUUCAUGCCCUGGCUGCUGGGCACUGAAACGGAUUGCGCCGAGUUGUCCCGGCUCUUCGACACGGACAUGCACGGCCGGGCCUUCCAUCAACUGUCGCUGGACAUUGCCGGUGACGUGGCCAACGAGGAGAUCUUCAAGACGGUGCGCCACGCCUACGAGCACGGCUACAUGGACGAGAUAUAGCUUAUCUGACAUCAAACAAAACAGCGGUGGUCUUGGCCAUAAGCCAUAAUCUCACACUUUAAGUAUAGUAUCUGCACAGAGUGCCUAGAUUGUGUAGCGUUUACAUUAAAUAAUCCGAUUGUGUUGCAUUCCCGAA